AUGGCGAGCGACCCCACCUUCCCUCCACCGGUCCAGCUCGACAGCCUUGUCAACGACCUCAAGACAGACCGGAUUACGUCGUUCCGUGGCAAAGGUCUUGACGGAUACAUCAAAGACGCUGUCCGACGCCGAAAAUACCUCCCCAUCUCCCCUAGCCGAGCCCACGCGGAGAGCAACUCCAUUACCCUCCACCUCUCGGACCGCGCGCAGCUGGAGAAGAACUCGUGGGUCAACGCGGCCAACGGGCUCGUGGCCGACUGGCGCAUUCUCCGGCCCUUCACGGUCAACAGGAAGGAGUCAGUCUAUCUCACAGACGCGUCGCUUCGGGCCCUUCUUCAGUACAUUGUCGACCGCGACUUUGGCUCGGUCUCGCCGUCAGCAGCAGCCGCCAUACUCUCCGUGGUGGUUUCGGGCGAGCCGCGACAGGGCCUGGGCAGCGGUGUUUCCCUUCCCACACCUCCUCCCUCGCCGGCGCCGCAUCGAGGAGGUCUGCCCACGUACCCGAGCGCCGCAGGCGGUUCGACAGUCGUCGAGCAUUUUCCUCGCCCGGCCCGAGUGGAGGUUCCGACCGUGUACUCAUACGCAACCAACACCUAUACAGCCGCAGCAUCCCCAGUCCGUGCUCCACGUCCCUCUCCUGUGACUGCCCCUUUGAUUUGGCCUCAGCCCCAAAGCUACUUGACAUCAUCCUCCCCCCCUCGGAUACCGGGCUCUUUCCCGCAACCGACCUAUGCCCAGAACGAUCACCGACCCCUGUACACGGCAAGACAUCACUACCACCACACUCGUGCGAGAGAGCCUUUACUCCCAACCACAACGAGGACGAGGACGACGACGAGGGCACCUGCCUUCAGUUCGUACACCCAAUAUUCUGGCAGCUGCUGGCUUGCUUUCCUUGUCGUCGUCACAUUGCUCCUCUUGGGCUACGCGAUUUACUUGUACAGCAACCUGGAACCUCUGAUGUCAUGA